AUGGCGUUCAUGUCCCGGUUCUCUCGGUCCCGGAGCAGCUCCAGGUCUCCGAGCAGGAGAGAGUCGGAGCAGGGCUCUCCGACCCUGACGGUGUCCGAGCUGGAGCGGCUCCUGUUCGCCGGGAAAACGGCCUGCAACCACGUGGACGAAGUGUGGCCGCGACUCUACAUCGGAGACCAAAACAUGGCAUCAGAUCGCCGUGAGCUGGCCAGACUUGGCAUCACGCACAUCCUGAACUGUGCGCAGAGCAAGUGGUGCGGCGGAGCCGAGUAUUAUGCAGGGAUGAACAUCACAUAUCACGGCAUAGAGGCUCACGACUCCCCAACAUUUGACAUGAGCGUCAAUUUUUACCCUGCUGCAGAGUUCAUCCACAAAGCCCUCUCCAGUGGAGGGAAGGUGCUGGUCCACUGUACUGUGGGAGUGAGCCGCUCAGCCACGCUGGUCCUGGCCUACCUGAUGAUCAGACAGAACCUGACCCUGGUGGAGGCCAUCAAGACUGUCAAAGACCACAGAGGCGUCAUCCCCAACCGAGGUUUCCUCCGCCAGCUCAACGGCCUGGACAGCAUCCUGAGAGAGAGCCGGAAGACUGCCCCUCAGAGCUGAAGCACCUCUGACUCGUCUCUGAGGUAGCAGCCACGUCC